AUGCGACGCCUCGGCGGCGGCGUCGCGCUCACGGGCGCUAAUGCAGCGGCAGACGCCAAUGCAGCAGCGCUGACAGUGGCGUGCCGCGGCCGCUUCUACCGGCCGCUGGUGAACCAAGGCAUUAAUCUCUGGCGCAGCCGAAUGGGUCGCCUCCACAAAGGAUGGAAUACGUGGGAGUAUCAGCACACGCAGCCGGACCCACGACCCUUCCCUGAGACCGCCGUUAACGACUACUACGGCCGCUCCCGUAUAUGGAACCCCAUUGCCGGCAAGAUGGGCUACGUGAACAAGAAGGCAGAGGAGUGGGGGUGGCCGCAUCAGCGCCCACCACCGACAGGACUGCGGCGGUCGCAGGAGUAUUUCCCUCACUUCUUUGCGCGGUACUUCCCGGACGCGGAGGUGCGGCUCGUGAUGGACAGCGUUCUGAACAACGAGACGACAAGGCCAGUGUUCCACAUACCGUGUGACAUGUCCAAGGUGGAGUUUGUCAACUAUCUCAAAAAUAUCUACGGCGUGGACAAUGUUGUGCGCAUCAAGGUGAGAAAUGCGCGAGGCCGCCGCUACAAAAACGAGGUGGGUGAGAUUAAAAUGAUGGACGACUACAAAAUCGCGGUCGUCGAGUUGGACUCUCCCGUUUCCGUGGAGUUUAAGCAGAUCAAGGGCACUGAGGACACUCCUGACAAUAGACCACAGACGCAGAUUAGCGGAUGA